AUGGACAUCAAUCAAACCCAUCUCUGGAAUACUAUCAUCCAUCACCAACCACAACCACAAAUUGAUCAAUCCCACCAUCAAACCUCAACAAACUUCCCUUCUUCCUUCCACCACCACCACCACCCUCACUUACAAUUCAACCAUUUCCCAUCUCCAAACUUUCUCAGCAACCAAACAGAAAACCAAAUCGAAUCCACCCACGACACUAAACAAUUGGAUCCUUUCUCCUCUCCAAGCUUCCUCCGGAGCCAAACAAAGAAGCAAAUCGAUUCGACCCACGACCCUAUGCAACUUCUCCGUUUGGAAAAUCAAGAUCCGUCGCUAAAGGAACGCAACGAAGCACGAGAAGGCCUCGAAGAUGGCGAUCAUGAUCACGACGAGGCUGAGGCUGAAGAUGAGGAGGAGGAGGAGCUGGGAGCCAUGAAGGAGAUGAUGUACAGGAUGGCGGCGAUGCAGCCCGUGGAGAUUGACCCGGCCUCGGUCCGGAGGCCGAGGAGGAGGAACGUGCGGAUCAGCGACGACCCUCAGAGCGUCGCUGCCCGACGCCGCCGCGAGAGGAUCAGCGAGAGGAUCCGGAUCCUCCAGCGGCUGGUCCCCGGAGGGACCAAGCUCGACACGGCCUCCAUGCUCGAGGAGGCCGUGCGGUACGUCAAGUACUUGAAGCGCCAGAUACGCCUCCUCGAAACGACGUCGGAUCGUGCUGCAGCAUCUGAUCACCAUAUUCCUCCUUGUAGUUCGGCAGCAGAUGGUUUGGGAGGAUUUCUUGGGUUCGGGAUUGGUACUGCUGCCGCCGCCGCCGCCGCCGCAGACGGCGUUCACGUGGGCGUGUUAAAAUGA